CAGAGCACAAGCGGGGUACGCGUACCGAGCUGAGAAAGAGACACCGGGAAAAAACUGCAUAUCUCGGAUCUGGAUGCAAUAACCAUUCACAAAAGAAAAUCGAAAUUAUUAAGGAAGGAAGCCACGAAAACGAGAUAACAUUCAGCGCAUUCGGGCAAGGAGUUUUGAUUGCUCACAUUGCACAGGCAUACCCUUCAGUAGGCUACGGUUUUCAUUUUUGUGAUCAUACGUAGAUCCUUGUCUUCUGCACUGGCUUAACAUAACGAGCGCAAUAGUUGUAUUUGGAAGUCUUUUAAGUGUUGGUGCUUUCCCAUGACGAGCACCCUCUUGGAGAGGGUUGAUCUAUUGAAUAUGUGACAUCUGCUGUGCUUUGGAUUGUAAUAUCCCUUGAAGAUCUUUUUUCAAAUUAAGGAGACGUGAAGCGCAUACCGGAAUUCUGUCGUUUCUGGAUGAAUUGAGAGUCAGUGGCAACAUUCACAAGUUAUUCUAAAAGGUUUUUUUUCCCAGGUCCUCUUAGGACUGGAAUGGAAUCCAUCAUUCUAUAGCCCUCUUGAAGAAAUAAUUCAUAUUUUUGCGUUUAAUUCCUGCAAAUGUGUUUGAAGCUUCUUGUCAGCUGAAAUUUUGAAACAACGACAUUCACCUUUGGAAUUACAACCAUGAACUUUGUUGCCAGCUUGUUUAAAUUAUUUUUCGCUGCGCUUCUUCAUUUAUCUGCUGUAAAGACUGCCCACAUACCCAAAGAGGUGGAAAACAGUAAAAAUGACGUCGUUCUCUUCAUGGAAGUGUACACUAAGAGCAGCUGCCAGACAAGGGAGGUCCUUGUGGACAUCUACCAGGAGUACCCGGAAGAGAUCGAGCACAUAUACAUCCCUUCCUGUGUCGUCCUCACACGCUGUGGAGGGUGCUGCAACGACGAAACGCUCGAGUGUGUUCCCGAAGCGACGCGCAACGUCACCCUGGAGGUCAAACGAGACAAACCGCUUCAUUUGAAACACAAUUUCCUGCUGAGUUUUACGGAACACACAAGUUGUAUAUGCAGACCAAAGAAAGAAGUUCAGAAAGAGAAGAAAGCAAAAAAACGUGGGAGGGGCGAAGGACAAAAGAGAAAGAGAAGGAAGGAGAGGGGGAAAAAGCGACACUUCCACUGUGAGCCUUGUUCAGAGAGGAGAAGGCGCUUGUAUGUGCAGGACCCCUUCACCUGUAAAUGCUCCUGCAAAUACUCACAGUUAUACUGCAAGUCCAGACAGCUUGAGUUAAACCAAAGAACUUGCAGAUGUGACAAGCCAAGGAGAUGAGAAGCGGGGACAGGAGCUCGGACAUGAAGGAGGAUUCUUUGCACGGCACUUUGAACUCAGACCUUUGAACUCUGAACCUUUUUCUCAGAGGAUGCAUUCCCUGGACUGACUGAGAAAAGAGAGAGACAGGAAUAACCCUGUCCUAUAUUCUUUAAAUAUUAAUAUAUAUUUAAAGAUGGACAAUGAUUAAUAUGUACUGCUGCUAUCAAGAAAAAACUAUUUAAAAAGAACUAUCUAAAGCAAACGAGUGCACCAGCAUAUGCUGCUGGUGCGUGAACAGGACUGUGUUUUUUUGUUUUUUGUUUUUUGUAGUAAUUUGAUGUGAAAGUUCACUGGAUAUAAUAUCUGCUGUGGACAACGACCACGAAAACAGAAAGUCAAGUGCUGUUCUUUGUCAAAAGGCACAGAGGAGACUUCGCCAUUCGUCUGCCAGAGAAAUGCCGAGUGCAUUUAUGCAAGAAGAGAUGGAAGGAACACCUAUCUGCAUUAGUGAUGUCACUUCCUGCUAGCUGUGGAAUUAUUGUAUCCAGGGCGACUAAAACCCAGUUGGACUGGGAGCUCAGAAACUUGUAAAGGGAUAUUAACUGUAGGUAUAUAUAGAAGCUCCUGAAAUGAACUGACUUGAUAAAAUUAAGUUUCAAGGAGAAUUGGCAUUCAUUGACACUGUAGAAAUGGAUUACACCCAUCCAUUUGCUUGUGAGAUUUAUUUCCCAAAGAUAACAUUGCACACACUAGUAAGAAUAAUAAAGAUAUGGCAAGAUAACUGUCUUUAUAUACAUACAUACGUAAUAUCCCUUUUUGUAGUUUUUUGCAUUUAAUUUAUGAUGUUAGAACAUUUUCAUUAUUCUGUGUAUUUAAGUGAUCUAUUUAUAUGCAGUGUUAUAUGAAUAAUAUUUUGCAUUUUUUGUUGCCUGACCCUAGAAAAUAUGAUAACUGUUGACACCUUUUGUUUCUUUAAAGAAAAGGAGAAAACAAACAACAGAAAACCACUUUGACAUUCCUGAAGGAGCAAUUUUGAUUUAAGCGUGAGACCGGGUUCAGUAGCGAGCCUUAGCCUACCACUCCGCUGUAUACUAUCGCGGAGCACGUAGGCGCUCACAGUUGGAUUCACAUUGGGUUCAAAUUUGAUUGUUUGUGUGUUCCUGUUGUGUUCGUGUCGUGUUUGUGUUGACAGCGUGCGUUCGCGGUUGGUCUGACGGCCUGCUGUGUCCUGCCUCCCUGCGCUCUGACCAUGUUCCUCUGACCCAGUGGGCUGAGCUGACCACUGGGUCUCACAGUAAAAUAUCACAUUCUGUUUUUGUGUUAAUGUGACAGAUAUGUGUCAUCCUUUUGUUUUUGUUUUUGUUUUUUUUGUUAUCAUGCGCAGCCACAUUUUUAGUGUAUUUUCACAUUAAUAUAUUUAUUGGUGCUGUAAAUUGAUAAGUUUAAAUAACAUCCAUUCUGUUUUUAGGUUAACUAGUAUACAUAUUUAUUUUAAAAUUAUAUUGUUUUUUAUUAAAGUAAAAAUGAAAUUUA